CCGCUGCACUUUUCAAACCUCAACUGUAAGAAGCGUCAGUCAGCGUCUGUGCGGUCGCCGCCGGGAGUCUCCUCAUAGGGGUCUGGCUGACGGCGACCAGCCGCUGUGGGGAAGAGUGCGAGGUGAGCCUGUGUAGCCGCGGCCCCGUCGGAGGGAGGGCAGAGCCUGCGGCGGCGUAGAACUGCGGUCGAGCGGUCGGUGUGGGGGCGCCGGGGACCCUGUGGCGAGCCCGAAGGCCAGAGCCGGCGUCCGGAGCGCGGUUGUGUCCGAUAGCCUCCGCGGCCGGCGUCUCGACGUGGUCCUCGGAGUGGCUCCCGAACUCGCGUGCUGUGCGCGCGGGACGCCUUCACGUCGGGGCGGGUGGACGCUCGGGUCAGCAGCCCCAGAGAAACUUUGCGGCCAUCGCGUGGGCCGCUGUCAGUCCCAGCGUGGGGAGCCACAGCUGUUUCUGGGACUUUUUUUGACUUUCCUUUAAAGCAGUGGGAAUCCCUCUGUGCUUGUGACCCAUCCUCAGACUAGAGAGCCACAUCAUGGCCACGGUUUGGAUCUUUAUCCUGGGCCGGCCUUACCGUGGGAAAAGCGCUUAAUUUUGUUUCCCUCUCGGGAGAUAGAUGAGUGGAAACAGUUGAAAGAAACUUCACAGCCAGCUGGUGGCUAGUGUCUGUGGCUUGCGUUGGAACUAGAGUCACGCUGGCUUCAGCUUGCAAGUUGGAAUUAAGAAAUACUUCUGAAAGCCUAGGAAUUUCAAUCAUACUCAAUCAUUAGCUCGGUGUAUGACAUUCGCUGAGUGUUUGGAUGACGUCAUGUUUACAUCCCUGGCACCGAUAAUGCCGCAGGUUUGAUACCGCGUGGACUUUUUAAGUUUUCAAGUCUAGGAGAGAGACUGUACCUUGGGCAGCAAGGUCUGCAGAGAUAACGAGGCAAGUGGAGGCAUAUGAAACAUGGAAUUUUGAACUCAAGGAGCACAGUUUUAUUACAGAGAGAUAUAUAAACUCACUUUCUCAUUGGUGCAGUCUUCACGGUGAAAGUCAGUGCCUAGAGAAGCAGGCCUGGUAGUCAUCAACAUGUCUCGGAGGAGAUUUGAUUGCCGAAGUAUCUCGGGCUUGCUAACUACAACCCCUCAAACGCCGAUGAAAACAGAGAAUUUUAAUAAUUUCUAUACGCUUACCCCGAAAGAACUUGGGAGAGGAAAAUUUGCAGUAGUUAGACAGUGUAUAUCAAAGUCAACUGGACAGGAGUAUGCUGCCAAAUUCCUGAAGAAGAGGAGAAGAGGGCAGGACUGCCGGGCAGAGAUUCUGCACGAGAUAGCGGUGCUGGAGCUGGCCAGGUCUUGUCCCCACGUGAUUAAUCUGCACGAGGUCUAUGAAACGGCAACGGAAAUCAUUUUGGUGUUAGAAUAUGCUGCAGGUGGAGAAAUUUUCAACCUGUGUUUACCUGAGUUGGCUGAAAUGGUGUCUGAAAAUGAUGUUAUCCGACUCAUUAAACAAAUACUUGAAGGAGUUCAUUAUCUACAUCAGAAUAACAUUGUUCAUCUUGAUUUAAAGCCACAGAAUAUACUUUUGAGCAGUAUAUACCCACUUGGGGACAUAAAAAUUGUAGAUUUUGGAAUGUCUCGAAAAAUUGGGAAUGCAAGUGAGCUUCGGGAAAUCAUGGGAACGCCUGAAUACUUAGCUCCAGAAAUCCUCAACUAUGAUCCCAUUACCACAGCAACAGAUAUGUGGAAUAUUGGCAUAAUAGCAUAUAUGUUGUUGACUCAUACAUCACCAUUUGUAGGAGAAGAUAACCAAGAAACAUAUCUGAAUAUUUCUCAAGUGAAUGUAGAUUAUUCAGAAGAAAUGUUUUCAUCAGUUUCACAACUGGCCACAGACUUCAUCCAGAGCCUUCUAGUAAAGAAUCCAGAGAAAAGACCAACAGCAGAAUCCUGCCUUUCCCACUCAUGGCUGCAGCAGUGGGACUUUGGAAGCUUGUUUCAUCCUGAGGAAACUUCAGAGUCCUCUCAAACUCAGGAUCUGAGCCUCAGGUCCUCUGAAGAUAAGACCCCCAAGUCCUGUAAUGGAAGCUGUGGAGACCGAGAGGACAAGGAGAACAUCCCUGAGGAUGACAGCUUACUUUCUAAAAGAUUUCGAUUCGAUGACUCCUUGCCCAGCCCCCACGAACUCGUUCCAGAUUUGUUCUGUUAGCAUUUCUCUCUGUCAUUCAUCUGGACUGACUUGGAAAUUUGAAAUCUUCUCUGGUGUCAGAUUGUGUUUGUAGCUUCAUAUAUAAUAUGUUUAUAUUAUAAGUGCACUUUUGCUUAGAAGAACUUAAGGAACAGUUCAAAUGCUAGCCUUCUAUUAGCUAGCAUAUCAUUUCCUGUCCUGAAAUUGUUUUAUAGAGAAAAAUAUUUAAAUAUAUGACAAAACUGUAAAUUUUGCAUGUGAGUUCAUAUGCAACUGAAAGAAUUCAAGUUCAGGUGAAGUUAUAAAAUGGGUUAUGUUAUGUUUAGUAAAUAUUGAACAAAAUGAAAAAAUAGGAAUUUAGUAGGUCCUCUCUAAGGUAAGCCCUAUACCAGAACCCUAUUAGCAGAGAAUUUUGUUUGGCUGUCAAGGGUAAACCACAAUAUAUACUGCUUUAUACAUACUCCAGAGAUAUUUUAUAACUGAAAAUGCUUCCCAGUUACCAAUAGCUUGAAAUUGUACGAUUCUUUCUGUGCCAUGUGCUCUGUGAGAAGGCACAGUCAACCAGAGCAGGGGAAACCAGAUUGGUCCAGGCUGUUUCUCUGUAAACUGACAUCAUUUCCAACUCACAUAUCUUGCACAUGCAUCCUAUUUCAGAUCUAGUAAGAUCUGGAAGACGGAUAUGCAUGGUAUGCAAAUAAAAGAGGACUUCAUCCUCUAGAAUUGUUAGAGUAGAGGAGAAUUGGGGAGUAGCAAAUGUGUUCUAAUUUCAGUCAGACAUAUUCAUAAAGGGAAAUGUUAAGUCCAGGCAGCUGACUGAGUGUUGGGUGUCUAAGUCUCAGGAUGCAAGCCCAUCGUUUAGAGCAUAGGCACUUCUGGAGUUCUUGUGUGAAAUUCUAGUGAGUGAGAAGGCGUGACAUGCAGCUCUCUUCAGGCUCCCUGUGUGUGUGUUUUCUGCUGGAAGCAGCACACGGGAGAGUCCAGUGUUGUCCGUGGUCAAUAUCUCUGUUCAGUCCUGUGGGAGGGGCUUAGGGAUGCUUUGGAGACCUCCCACUGGUGUCCACUUUAAACUGUAAUGACAUCAUGUUAAGAUAGCAGAUCUCAUAAAUAUGCUACUCAAUCAGACUCCAUUGCCAAAACAAAUUAAAAGCUGGUGUAUUUCCACAUUGAAGUGGGUGUUAGUCUAACAACCUGUAAAUUCUUGAAAUUGUUAAUAAAAUUCCAAAUUCUUUAGAUAACUUUAAACUAUUUAAAUUGAGCAUUGGUGUCUUUGUUUGAGUAAAUGUUGAGUUCCUUUUACAUCUUCGUUAUUUUUAAAGGAAAAAUUGUUUGCCUUUUGUAUAUGUGUGUGCAUAUAUGUGUACAGGUAUGUGUAUAUAUGUAUAGAUAGAUAAAAUAUAGCCUUUAAACAGCUUUAUGUUAGAUAUUCUUUCCUUUUGUAUUAUACUCAACUCAGGUGCCAAAGGAGCCCUCUUAUCUGAAUAAGUGUGCACAUACAUUCUUUAGAAGUAGUUUGUUGGCCCAAGAAGCCAAACACUGAAGAUGCUAAAUUUAACUCUUGUGUUUCUGAAGUUGAGAUGCUGUUGGUAAAUUAUUGAUUGCUUGUGUACUUUCCAUCAGUGUUAAUUCAGGUAACGUCAUUAGUCGGUCAUUAGGAAAUGUGGUAACUUUCCCAAACGGUGAUAUUUUAUUGUAAAACUUUAAAAAGUAUUAAUGCCAGAUGCCAAAAGUAAGCAUUUGAAAAUUUAGUUUUAAGUCACUUGUUUAAAACCACUUCUUAUUGUCUAUAUUUUUUCUGCGGAAUCCUGAGAUAGUUUGUAUGUUCCCUUCGUUAACGGGAUAUCAAGUUGUAAAUCCCCAUACCUUUCCUUGGGACAUUGCUCAUUGUAAACAGUAGCUAGUGGUUUCACAAUAAAAAACAGUCUUUCCAUAAAACCAAUUUACAAAUUUCCCAUGUUGAAAUGUGGAAAUAAAUGUCUUUUGAGAGAAUUAA